GAUAAGCAAGGAGUCUGCUACUUGAACCAACGAUCAGAGCAUUUCCCCGCUCGUGUGGACAGGAGUACGUAUCAUGUUCCUUCUGCUGGCCUCUGCAGUUGUAGCGUCGGCUGCACUCAUCUACUGGUUCAUUGCGAGAACAGACUCAAACUGGAGUCUGCUAUGGGCAGAACUGUUUGGAAAAUCGCCAGCUGUCCUUAAGGGCAAAGUGGCAUGGGUGACGGGAGCAGGCAGCGGCCUCGGAAGAGCCAUUACCAUCGAACUGGCCAAACGUGGCGCCAGAGUUGUUCUGUCCGACAUCGAUGCCUCCGCCAUGGAUGACGUCAAGUACACCAUUGUGUCCGAAGCUGGGCUAACAGACGACGACAUACUCUUGCUCCCGAUGGACAUCACGAAAUUCGAGACACACGACGCAAGCUUCAAGAAAGUCUUGGACAAGUUUGGACACUUGGACAUACUCGUCAACUGCGCCGGACGUUCACAAAGUGCUCACUUUCAAGACAUCGACAUCGAGGUGCACAAGGCCCUGUUUGACAUCAACUGCUUCAGCCACAUCAACCUGACAAAGUGUGUACUUCCGCACUGGCUGGAAAGGAGGACGGGGCAUGCCGUCGUGUUGAGCAGCGUUUGCGGAAAGAUUGGUGUUCCAUAUUCUGCCACAUACAAUGCCUCAAAGGCUGCACUGCAUGGUUUCUAUGACUGCCUCUGGUCUGAAGUGUACAACAAGGGCAUCAAGAUCACAAUGGUGUGUCCCGGUCCCGUUGCGACGCCCAUCCGACAAAAGUGCUUCACGGGCAAACCGGGAGAAGUGAUGCGUAUCCCACCAUCGGAGCAAGAGGUCAAGAUGUCUCCAUCCCGCGCUGCCAAGCUCAUCCUCAUUGGUGUGGCCAACAAGCUCGACGAGAUAUGGAUUGGACCUCAACCCUUCAUUUCGUACCUGUACCUCGGACAGUAUCUUCCCGGUACAUUCCGAAAGUACAUUGUUCCAGUAAUCUUCGAGCCAAGCAAGAUUGCCAGCCUGAGAGACGGAAAGGGAAAUUACUGAGGACGGAAUAACCGUGACGUAACUUCUUGCACCGCUGAGAAGAGUGUGCUCUGUGACAACGCAUUGGGAAUCCAUUUCACAUCAUCAUCUACAAGCUGAUAAUCAUGCUGAACAAUGUGUUAAGACACAACCUUCAUUCAUGUUAUAGUUACGUCAACCAAAGUCACGUGAGACAACAUAAGUGCGGAUCAACAGGAACUUGUUAGACUGUUUCUUCAAGAAACGAAAUAUAUACAAAUGAGAUGGAUUUCAGCAUCAUGGGAAACAUUGUGCUCAUGGUAACCUCUAAACUAGGUGUGGUACGAUAAAGUGAAAUGUUCACCACCAAAUUAUGGCUUCACGUGCACCUACAGAAUCUUAUCCAAAAGAACAAAUUCUGCGAUACCUAAACCUUUAUGAAGCGGAUCUUGCGAAGUAUUAAAUUUUUCCCAGAAA